AUGGCUCGCAUGCUAGGAACUUUCAAGCUACAUCCAGCAUAUUGCGCAAAACUCAACGAGGUUCACUCGUUCUCAUUCGGGAUGGGUGUCGUCAAGAUAGGCUCCCUUAUCGACCAGGCUGACACGAAUCGUUUCUUGAUACUCACAUACAAUCGGGGUUUCAACCUCUUCCGACCACACGCGCGUCCAGUGGCAAACAACAUCUCCAUACAUGAGAGGGUAAGAGCAGCAAGGGAGCGUCUAGCUGAUGAGAAACGCGACAGAGAGGUCAAGGAUCGUGAGAAACGUAACCCGACGCUGAAUCCGCUAGAUUUUCGUGGUAAGUUCGCAUCCCAUAAGGAGUCCAACGACCUAUUUCAUGCCGCUUUUCCUAACCACCAAUGGGGAUUGAUUGUGCCACAAGGCAUAUUUCCUCGCAAUGAUGACCUACAAGCAGUCGUGGACAGCGCUAAAGCACAAUUCGCCGAAAGGCCAGAUCUUCAGCCAACAAGGCAAGAGCUGCAGACAAUUGCGGAAGAGGUGAUACCGCCCGAAAAUGACGUUCCGGAUGACGGCACUGCCCUGGCACAGAACGUCAAUAACGCUGAAAGAGUCGCUUCCCAACGCGGACACUACUCGGUCACCCAACUUCGAGAGAUCCUAUCAUUUUGGGCAAGGAGCAAGGCACACGAUGGGAACAAACUGAAGCUAGGCGUAUGGAGGGAAGGUCCUGGACCACAGCUCAAUGGGCCAUGGCCUAUACCGCCGGACACGGAUGUGAUCUGGAUAUACCACAACAAUUUGCGUCAGAUCUUCAAAGCUUAUCAGGAACGACUACCAACCGAUCAGGGAAACGUAUCGGAUGUAUAUCGCGGGAUGACCCGGAGCUUCAACAAUGGUCAAAUGUCAGAGCGUAACAACAUGUCCGCGAUAUACUCGAGAGUGGUCACUGCUGCGAACACAGCCGCUGGGAAUCCCAAUGGAGGCACAACUCAAGACAACCGGGACAUCGAAGACACGGAAAUUGAGGCUGAGGUCGAUGCGACAAUCCGCGCAGACCUGCAAGCUCUGCUCGAUGCUGACCCGCCAGUCGCUACUGCGAUUCGGCUGCUAGGCAGACUUCUCCAUGGCAACGGAACUGACAGAGAGACUGCCAGGGUGGGUCAUUUCCUAAGCUCGCAGUUGGACAAUGAUCUCACUCUCCGGCUCGCCAAUCAAGCUGGUAUUGCCUCGAUUACCCCAGCUGUUGACCGUGUAAACACAGAACAGACCAUAGCUGCGGCAGCUGCGGCUAUGACCCAGGCGGUCAUGGCUGAGGCUAAUGCUGCUCAAGAUCAGGGCAACAACAGAAAUCCCCCUCCUGCCCAGCCACCUGCUGUUCAGAACCCAGGCAAUGCCCCUCCGAAUGCCCCGGAUAGACCACGCGGUGGGGCGAACGGUGCAAGAGGUGGCGCGGCUGGCCAGCAUAACGGAACUCCGCCUCCGAACGCCCCAAAUUUUCCGCAAGGUCGCGGUGGCGGACCUCCAAACCGUGGCGGACCUCCAUACCGCGGCAACAACAAUUCUCGAGGCGAUUUUAGAGGUGGUCGUGGUGGCGGUGGGCACCGUGGAUUCAAUGGUGGUUAUAGACGCGGAGGAGGGAGCGAUUAUCACAUGGGAGGAAAUUCGAGCAAUGACGGUGGUGGACGGAGGUAUACGAGGUGA